AUGGUCUGUGAUCAACGAGCGGUAAAUGUUCGCGAAAUUCGGCUGAGUUAUUCAUGGGCGAAAUUUUUGGCUGAGGUUGCUUUACGGCCAAAUGAUGCAAAAGGUGGUGUAGAUCGGUGUAGCGAUUUUGCAGUUCCCGUAGAGUGCUUUCAAUAUGUUCCAUUCAAAAAUCAUAUGAAAUAUUAUGAUUCUAGAAAUCUGAUGGUUGAAAUUCCUGUUCUAAGCGAGUACAUACCUGAUACUGAAAAGAAAGAAAUGCAAGCAGCUCACUGGUUUGCUACUGUUUUAAAAACUGCUGGAUAUCGUAUGUUGCUUCGUUACGUCGGAGUGAACAAAGAUAAUGGGAAUAUGUAUGAUUUGUGGAUGAACAUGGGAUCAGGAGAAGUUAGACACGUUGGUUACUGCGGUGAACAUCUAGAUUCAUGUAGAAUGGUUGUGCCAAAUAUGAUUGCUAAGAAUGAAGACGAGUGGAGUAAUUAUGCACUAUCCCAGAUUCAUGCUUGUCGCUCUAUAGCAUUUAAUUGGCCGCAAGUACAAAUAAAAAAUAUUAACAACUGUAAAUUUGAGAUAGGCAAUCGGGUUGAGCUUUUAGACACGGUGUUUUCAUGUCGCGUAAGGCCAGCGUGCAUCCAAAAAAUUGUUGGACAUAGAGUUCUGGUGCAACUUAGCACCGAUGACAUUACUCCAGAACCAAUAGCCGAUGACGAUGCUCAGAUUAAUGGAGUGUGGUUAGAGCACGAUUCUCCGCUGUUAUUUUACGUUGGAUGGAGUGCGAAGGUUGGGUUUGGUUUGUAUUCAAACAAGAAGUACAAGCAGCAUGCGAAGAACGUUGCAGAUGCUUUGAUAAUGGGAAGGCGACCCCCACUCCGCGAACUUGAUGCUAAUCCAGAUCUUUUCGUUACAUACGAAGAUCAUUCGGGUCCCAACCAGGAACUUUUGAGCUGGGAGAAGGGCAUGGAGUUGGAGAUUCUAGACCCUGCAGACACUUUUAAAGAACUUAGGUGCGGUACAGUACUUGAAAUAUUACGAGACGGAUAUAUGAGGAUUGGUUUUAAAGGUAAUGAGGAGGAUGAAGAUAAUAUACCCAUACACUGCUCGUCACCACUUCUUUUUCCCGUUGGCUACGCAGAGAAAUAUGGACUGAAAUUAAGGGGGCCCAAAGACAAGUAUAUAAAUGAUCAUUUUGAAACCUGUGGGAUGAAAGCAGCUCCUUUAGAGCUAUUUGAUACUGUUGAAGAGCAUGAAGAGACAGUAAAAUCGUUUCAGAUAGGAGCGAAGUUGGAAGCUUGUGAUAUGUGUGACACACAGCUCAUUUGCCCAGCAUCCAUAGCCUGUCAUCGAGGUAGGCUUCUCGAAAUUAGUUACGACGGAUGGGAUAGCUCAUUCAACCAGUUGUUUGAAUUCAGAUCAAAUGAUAUAUUACCACUUGGAUGGUGCGAAAUUUACGGAUACAAGCUGGAGUGCCCAAAGCCAACAAUUCGUCCGUGCAAGAGUUCUAAAGAAUUUGAAGCACUAAAGUCUUAG